AUGAGUGCGGACAAGAUGGAUAUAAGGCGAAUCGCAGCAGAAGAGACUGUGCCUCUCCGCCACGCCAUUCUCUGGCCAGAUCACCCCGUCUCGCACGUUCUCUUGCAAGAAGACGCGUCCGGACUGCACUACGGCGCGUUCCUUCCUGGAUCACCUGUCGCAGUCGCGGUUAUUUCCGUCUUCAUCGACCCUCUACCGGCGGCAUCGGGUGCCUCUACGUCGACGCAACCUGCCGCACGCUUCCGCAAAUUCGCGUGCGCGCCCGAGCACCAGGGCAAGGGCAUCGGGACGCGCCUGCUCACGCAAGUUUUUGAAGUCGCAGCAGGCGAGAUGGGAUGCGGCGUCGUGUGGUGCGACGCCCGCACGAGCGCGGCGGGGUGGUACGAGCGCAGAGGCAUGCGGAGGUUUGGAGAGGUGUUCUACAAGGGCGACAUCGAGUACACUCGGAUGAUGCGGGCACUAUAG